AUGCUGCGGAUGUUUUUACUGAACGUCGUGGAGUCGUUUUGUUCCGAUCAGUACGUGCCACGCAUUUUUCUUCGCCAUCUCUCCUUCCUGCUGAACAACGGGAUCCUCUUUGACGAGUUUCCGAGCGCAAAACUGCAAGAAUCCGAGCUCUGCUUCUGCACGUUGAACAGGAUCAUCGUCUUCUACUGCAACGAACUCUCCAUUCAAGACCUGCAAAACAUCGUUUUUCGCUACUGCGUCUACAUCGAGCAUCCCGAUGCGGACUUCGAACUCUCCCGAAAGCUCAUCGUGAUUCUCACAAAGCUCGUUGGAGUCAUGCGAUUGCACCUCACGGCUCAUCGCGAUGAAGUGUUGCUCUUGAUGAAUCGGCUCUGCACAACGUAUGUUCGCAAAAUCGUGGAUAUCCGCAGAGUGAUCAAGCGAGUUUCGAUUCAAAAAAUUUCGAAGGUUCGAAACGCGAAGAAAGCGAUCGAUUCGUACAUCUAUGCGAAUACAAAGUUUCUGGAUUGUGCCAAUGGAAUCGACUCCAAUCCUCCAAUGAUUCCGUACGAGGAAUCCGGCAUUCGAAUGGUUCCAUCGAACUUCGAUGCCGAAUUAGGCGACAUUGUGGUGAAUGAGUCCCGAUUCCCGACUCUAUUGCUGCUUCAGCAGAUCUGCAUAGCGAUUACGGAGAUCGUGAACUUUUACAAUCAUCCGAAUGUUGAUGAUUCGGCGAUGCAGAAGACGGAGGAAGAGUCCGUUCAUUCAAAAGAAAGCGGAUUGUCGCGAACCGAAUAUCCGGCAGUGGAUUCUGCAGCGAUUCCUUUGAAUGACGAGCUGAUUAUUCUGAUUUAUCGCUACUUGGUGGGCAUUUUUGAUUGCAGUGAGUUGUUCACGCUGGACGGAAACCAAAGCAGAGAGCAGCUGAAUGAAUGCAUAAAGCAUUAUUCCGACGUGCUGAGCGCGCUUCCUGGAGAUGUAAAGCGAACGGUAUUGGCGACAGCGUUUCCGCAUAUUUACAAAUGCACGAAGAAGAACCCGAUCUUGCUGGAUUUCAUUCGGCAUGUGGUUUCGAAAACGCUGAGCACGCACUACACAUCGAUCGUCUUAAUCGAUUUCAUCAUCUCCAACAUGGACGAGCUCGAUAAAGACACGAACAACCCUCCGAUUCUGAUUUCGCUCUUCCGAAUCUUCGGCACGCGUCUGAAUUAUGAAAACAUCGAGGAAUCGAUGCUUCGUCCACACCUACGAAGACUCGUUACAGAAUGCCUUCGUCGCUUAAACAACUCACAGAACUGGGCUCCCUACUUAGACCUUCUCUUCUGCUGCUUCAAUUCGAUCCGGCAAGCCAAGCUGACCGAACUUCCCAACGAUUUAGCGGCUCUCUACCCCGAUCUCAUUCCCCAAUUGCUUCAGUUGGAACACACUUGUCCCGAUAGCCAGAUCCGUGAACGCAUCCACGAAAUAGUAUUCCAUCUCCCCAUCGGGAGCGGAAGCAGUCUUCUCCAGCUGCUCAACCUGCUGAUGCCGUUUUAUAUCCGCGCGUUGACUGGUCCCGACACGCUUGUCAAAUCAGCGAUCAAUUACUUCAACGCUUUCUUCAGCAAAACAUCGCUGGACUCCAUGGCGAUGAUCAUAGCGCGCGAGCCCUUCAAGUCGCGGUUUAUGUCGGCGCUCUCGAAUCUUCUUCAUACCUCGUCGAACAGCUCCAUUACGACGCUCGUAAUUCGACUAAUCGGCCAAUUGGGAGGCCAAACGCGGACCAUUUUACGAGACCGCAUCGAUCUGACGAGUUUUUCGUUCUCGCGCAAGAUUUUGGUUCAGUGCCAAGCACCCAUUUUGUUCCCGAUGGACCCUUACAUCAUGUUGGCUGUUUCGUUGAUCGAACGAAACCUGAUCGUGAAGUCGUUGGGCGAUUCGGAGGUCAAACUCAGCCGAACGAUCGCAUGUUCCACCACGUCGAUUUUGCACAUGCGAAACAUUCGGAAGCAUUACAAACUGAUCGCUGUGCGCAGUUUAGAGAACACGUUUUAUCUCUGCUGCGAGAAGAAGGGAAUGCUGCUCCACCCCACCAUUGCAAAGCAUUUGCGCAUUCCGCUGACUGCUCCCGAUUCUGUGAAGCGUCAUCCCAUCGUGCAGUCGCAGGAAAACGAUAUUUUGUCGCUGCUUUUCUAUGGACUUCUCCUCGCUUGCUGCGAUGUGGAGAUUCGCGACGAGGCGUCGACGAUUCUCCGACGCAUCGUUUGCUAUCUCACCGGCUUAAUGCUCAACCACACGAUCAAAACACCCAAAGAAGUGGAGCCUCGCGUUCCUUCUCAGCAUUACCACGCUCUCAAUAUGGUGGUUAGCGGUGUGGUCCCCUCGCUGUCUCCCUAUAUGAUGGACUUCCCAGUGGAUUACUUAUCGCCUCAGCUGCUUCUGAAUGGCGUAAUCGCGCUAUUGGAGCGCGAAAUUCCCAAUGUGGUGGAUGUUGUUCUGGACGUUUUUAUGUACAUGAGAGAAGUGCUGCUGCAUUUGCUGAACGAUAAGGGCGAGUUGAGGUGGGUGGCGCUUCCCUCGGUGGAAUUGCCGAUGAUGGAGAUGAGCAAGCACACGGUCAUUAGCGAUUGGAGAUAUAAAGUGAGCGUGCGAAGCGGAGGAUGA